GUGAGAGGCGGUGAUGGCGUGGGUGGGGGAUGUACUCAAGGAAGCCAGCCCACUUAUGGAGCAGAGUCUACUUCUACUUCUUGUGAGCUAAAGUUCAUUUUCCACGGCGGGACAAUAGGAGGAGAACAAAAAGACCUAGGACUGGACUGGACUGGACUAGAUGAUAGUGUUCUAAACGUGGACUGUGGUGGACCAAGGAAGACCAGAGAAGAACAGCAAACACCUGAGAGGAGUUGGUCCUUGGACGAUGCAAAAGUGAAAGUGGUGAGGCACAUUUGAAAAAAGCCCACAGCGUCAUGGCGGUCAGGAAGGCAGAGGUACGGCGGCGGAUAGUGUCCAAAGACGGGCACAACAACGUUCGCAUUGACAACGUGGAAGGCAUGGUGAAGCUGUACCUCCAUGACAUCUGGACCACAGUGGUGGACAUGAAGUGGCGUUACAAGCUCACCCUGUUCGCCUCCACUUUCAUCAUGACGUGGUUUAUCUUCGGCGUGCUCUUCUACUUCAUCAGCAUGGGCAAUGGCGACUUCGAGCCCAUGUUGAGCUCCAACCACACGCCCUGCUUGGAGAAUGUCAAGACGUUCACCGGCGCCUUCCUCUUCUCGCUGGAGUCUCAGACCACCAUCGGCUACGGCUUCCGCUACAUUACGGAGGACUGCCCGCUGGCCAUCUUCACCCUGGUGGCCCAGCUGGUCAUCACGGGCCUGGCCGAGAUCUUCGUCACAGGAGCCUUUCUCGCCAAGCUGGCCCGGCCCAAGAAGCGAGCAGAGACUAUCAAGUUCAGCCAGUCGGCGGUAGUGUGUCGCCGCCAGGGCAAGCUGUGCCUGAUGGUGAGGGUGGCCAACAUGAGGAAGAGCCUGCUGAUCCAGUGCCAGCUCACCGGGAAGCUCCUGCACUCCAACGUCACGGAGGAGGGCGAGAAGACCCAAGUCCACCAGACCUCGGUGGAUUUCUUCAUGGACUCCAGCAGCGAGUGCCCGUUCCUCAUCCUGCCGCUCACCUUUUACCACAUCCUGGAUGAGCGAAGCCCGCUAGCGGGCCUGAGCGCCGAUAACCUGCACAGCCGUGACUUUGAGCUGCUAGUGACUCUCAACGCCACCAUGGAGUCCACAGCGGCCACGUGCCAGAGCCGCACGUCCUAUGUCCCCCAGGAGAUCUUGUGGGGUUAUGAGUUCAAGCCUGUGCUCUUCAGCACCGCCAGCGGUCGCUACGUAGCCGAUUUCAACUUCUUCGAUAAAGUACAAGCGAGCAGCGACGCCGCCUUCCUCAACAACGACGAGAAGCUAAAAUUGGAGGAGGACUAUAAGAAAGAAUAGCGGAUUUGGGACUUUGAUCCAUUAAUCUGGUCUGAAUCAGAAAAUGUUCUGAUAAUUUAGGUCUUAAAUUUGCUGCAUGAAUGGCAAGUUGGAAAUAUCACACCUGAGAGUUUCCGAAAAAUGUAAAAAGAACAUUCCAAUCAAACGUGAGCAAAAAACAUGGCUGACAAACGCUAUAACAAUAUUCCGACAUCCAGUUUUCUGCAACGCAGCAAAAGUAUCCCCUAAUUUAAACCCUUUUUGUAUAAUAUCCUAUAAAUGUCACAUAUUUAAGUGGAUAUCAUGUUCAUUUUGUAAUCAUUCGCACAUUUGAUUAAUUGGUAUUCAUCUGAAUCUGGAAAUAUUACACUACUUGACUGUUGUUUGCUUCCUUGCAGACUGCCAGUAAGUCGGAUAUAUCCUGCUUGGGAGCUUCGGAGCUCAAAACAUACAUUUUCUAACCGGAGAACAUUUUCUGAUUUUAAUUGUUCGCAAAUUGAAUGAAUUGGUUUUGGUCUGAAUUGGGAAAUGUUACACAAAUGUCAGUUGGCUCUCGUUUGGAAUGUUUGUUGCAUUCCAGACUGCCAAGAAGUUGGAUAUAGUGUAUCCUGCUCGGGAGCUUUCCAUCAUGACAACAAUAUUCUGAAAUCCAAUUUUCUCGAACGCAGCACAAGUAUCCUCUAAUUUCAACACCAUUUAACAAAAGUCAAUUUUCUAACUGGGUGACAUUUUAUAUUUUUAAUCAUUCACAAAUUCAAUGAAUUGCCAUUCGUCUGAAUCAGGAACUGAUGACCGUGAUAAUGUCAACGGUUUUCGGGAACACAGCAAAUAUAUUUCUUAAUUGAUUCUCAAGCUGUGAUAAGUGGAGGUAGCAUAAAAUGUGGUACUUGCAAAGCAAAAAUCUUUUUGCGGUGGUACAUGUAAAAAGCUUAAGAACAUCGUUUAAAGCCUUUUUUGUACAAUGUAAGUCUCAAGUCCGUUUUCUAACUGGAGAGCAUUUUCAAUUUAUAAUUAGUCUAUAAUUUAAUUAAUUUGUAUUGUUCUAGUAGCGGUAGACAAAAUGUUUUAGCAUCUAGCAUUUCUAUACUGUCAAAUGGCAAAUAAAGACGACUAAAGUGCGAGUGAAAGUUACUCACCAAUGCUAAUUGCUAAGCUAUAUCAGCAGGUGCCUAGCCUAGCUUACCAUGGGGCAGAUUGAAAAGGGAAACAAGCAUACUGACAUCCUUUGACACCCCACCCGCCGCCUCCCUCCAAAAUGGACAGUUUAGGUCCAAUUAGCAAAAGAAAAAUGACAAUAAUACACAUUUUUCCAAAUAUAUAAAGUGUAAUAUGACUGAAUAUUCUUUCAUCCAGGUCAUUGUAUUCUAAAGGGCAUUGAAUCGAUCGUAACUGGACUUUUCUGACUCGAUAGGACAGUUCUAGUCACAAGAGCUGUCCUACCUACUUUGUGAGCAUGAACUGAUUAAGCCUGCUCAGAUGAGAAGCGAAACGUCUAAGAGAACCUGAACAGUCCAGUUGUGAUGGAUUCAAUGCCUUGAGACUAGAAAGUUAAAGAACUGUGAUAUCACUUUUGUGCUUGUAUGCUAAAUGCACUCCUGAUGAAAAUUUUAAGACCACUUGAAAAAUUGCGAGUUUACAUUUUGCACUGUUGGAUCUUACGGAGGUUCUAAGUAGAGCAUCAACAUGCAAAAAGAAGAACCUAGAGUGAAACAAAAAAUGUUUUGAGUAAGAAAUUUAUUGCAAGCGAACAAAGUGAAAAAGGCUGUACAUCGGCUAAUGAAAAGCUUAAGACCACAGCCUUUAAAAGCCAAAAUCUUGGCAAAAAGGUGGAUUCAAUGUAAUUUUGUGUCAGGUAUUCACACUGUCAUGAUCGCUUGAUGGCAAAGGCAACGCGAUCGGAUUGUUGAACUGCAUAAGAAAGGCCUCUUGCAGCGCGCCGUUGCUACUGAGGCUGGAGUAGUAAGUCAUUUGAAACUUCAAGGACCCGGAGUGUGAUGGAACAAAAAAUUAAAGUGGUAGACACAAAAAAAAAGUCACUGGCCCUGAGCUGCAGGAUCCGAUUGGCUGUCCGUCAAGGCACAAGACGCUCCUCGAGCCAAAUGAAGGUUAUUACUGGUGCCGAGUGCAGUCCAAUAACCAUCAGACGGCAUGUGCGGGAGAAGGGUUUUAAGAAGAAAAAAAAAAGUCUUCAAAAGCCUCUUCUCCUUCAACGCUACAAAAUUGCUCAUUUGGAAUGAGAGCACCAAACAUGGGACAUUAAAAAAAGGGGAAGAAUGUUUUAGUCUGACAAUAAAUGGAACUUUGUCUUCCAAUGUUACUGGCAAGACAAGGAGAUCCCAUCUGAGAUUAUUUCCACAUGGCACAGUGGAGGCGCCAUCUUGCUUUUUCCUUCAAUGGAACAAUGGAGCUUCAGGUUGUGCACGGGUGUCAAGUGGCAGCUGGUUAUGUGGAGAUGUUUUAGGGGGCAUCCCUCAUGACUGAAGGCCCUCAUCUGUGUGGUAAUGACUGGGUUUUUCAACAGGACAACGCUGCAGUUCACAAUGCCCGCGUUGACAAAAGACUUCUUCCAGAGGAAUAACCUCACUCUUUUGGACCAUCCUUCGCGUUCCCCUGAUCUAAAUGCAAUUCAGAACAUUUGGGGAUGGAUAGCAAAGGAAGUUUACAAAAAUGGGCAUCAGUUCCAGACAGUGGAUGUCCUUCGUGAAGCCAUCUUCACCACCUGGAGCAACACUCCCUCUAGCCUCCUGGAAACACUGGCAUCAAGCAUGCCCACACCCAUUUUUAACGUGAUUAAUAAGAAUGGCGCAACUACUCAUUAUUGGGUCAUUUUUGAAAAUUGUAUUUCUAUUUUAGGGGGUUUUCGAGUUUUUUCUUAUACUUUUGAUUAGCUGAUGAACAGCCCAUUUCAGUUUAUCGGUUUCCAAUAAAUUACUUAAUGGGGAAAAAAAAAAAGUUUCACUCCCAUUCCUUCUUUUUGCAUUUUGAAACUCAACUUAGAACCUCCUUAAGAUCCAAUAGUGUAAAAUUUAAAUUCUUGCAAUUUGGCCUUAAAAUUUAGGCUACAGUAGCAUUCGCCUAGCCAAGCUUAGCAUGUAGCAAUGAAAUAAACAAGCAACCGGGGAACAACAAAAUGUAAUCGGUCCUGUUCAGCAAAAAGUACCAGUCAAAAGUUUUGACACUUUCCCAUGUACCCAAAUGAGAACUCGUCCAAAAUGUUGACUGGUACUGCCAUUUUUUUUAUAGCCUAUUAAAUGAAAUAAAUAAAAUCAUAGCCUAUUAUUUUCCCUUGCAUUUUUUUAUUCAAAAUUUGUAACAUCUGUUACAUAAGUUAAUAGCGACUUAAAAAAAAAUCACUCAGAAUGUUCACAUUUUCAUUGGAUCAAUAUUUGUGAAACUUUAGAUAAUUUUUGGGGGUUUCUCACAUUCCAUUUUAGUUUCAGAAGGAUUAUUUACACAUAGUAUGAAUGUCUUUUGUCUUUAUUGUGACAGAAACAAAAUCUCCCCUUGUGCAUAGUGUUGAGUGAAACAUGAUGAGUUUCGAGGCAUUGAAUGGAACCGGACCGGAACUGGUUUGUCCCACUUUUUUUCUUUCAGUGCUCGCCUGUUGUGGCAACAAGCGACUUUGUCUGGACGACGACGACUGUAUUCAGUAGAAACAGUCGAAAGUCCAGAAUGAUCUUUUGCUGACAAAUAUGCAAUAUACUGUAUGUACAAAAUGUCUCAAUCUGAGUUUGGCUGUAUGAUUGACAAGUCUGUAUAGGACGGUGCGACUAGAGAGCAGAAUACAGGACAGUGUCAGCGCUCUCCCAUUCAAAUUCUGAACUGAAUUUCUGACGUUUCAAGAAAGCGAGUCCAAAACCAGAAUUGUGGUUUUUCACAAAUGUGUGAGGUAGCUGAGAUCAAAAGGUCAAACACAUGCACGUUUGUUCGGUCACAGUUUUAGGCUGAGGUUAAAGGUCAAAUCCAGAGUCCAAGCUCAGCCCAUCUUCAACCCUCUUUUGUCAGAGCAAGAACACCUUUGCUUUGUUGGUCAAUACGCUUAGCAGAGUUUAUGGUUGUCUGAACAAUGUGCUUGAAAUAAAGUGCUUAAAUGGUCCCAUGAAGGAUCAUACAUGUUAAACAUCCAUUUGUCAGUAUGAAUAAAUACUAAUAUGAACUAAGCUGAAGAUGUGCCUGUGUGAAACAUGGAUGCCACAUGUACAUACAGGUGCAGUUCACCUGUCAGAGGUGAGUGUUGGCAAGGUCAGAUGUCCUAAAAACGCUAAGGAAAGGAGAGGGCUUCUUGCAACGAGGUCACCUGGAGCCAAAGCAGAGCUUGGCCACAGACGAAAAGAAGCCGUUGCUCUUAUUGGGCUCGGGCUGAUCUUUUAAGGCGUCCAGGUGGACUUUGAGGUGCUUGAAGACAGCGUCGUCGAAAGACGGCUCAUUCGCCAUCACGGCCUCCAACAGCU